GCGCGCAGAUGCAAUAGCUAAUGAAAUUCUUGUUUUUCUAAGUGUAUAAUAGAAAUUCUUUUUAUGUAUAUAUUUUUUUAUUUGAAAGAAGAAAAAGGAUAGAAAAUGUUUCGUAGCGUUUGUAGUGCUAAGUGGACUCCACAUAGACCCAAUUUCACAAUUAUGGAGAUUGAUCUCUCGUCACUAGUCUUCAUAAUCAUGGUUACGGUUUAUUAUGAAGUAGUUAACCUACAAAUCUGCGCGAGAAGGAGCGGAAAGUGUAUACAAUUGCAAAGAAUUUACAUCUAAACGUUUAUGAACGAAGGAAAAAUGUCAGAUGAUAAGGAGAAAGAUGAAGAAAAGCCUGUAGUAGCGAAGACAGCCGCAGAUUUGCAAAGACUAAAACUUCUCAAACUAAUGAAAAACGUGGACAAGCCAGUUAUAUUGCCGGAACGCCCGAAAGCCAAGAAUACACCCUCUGUGCCAGAAUUUGUUCGUAAUGUCAUGGGGAGCAGUGCUGGAGCAGGCAGUGGAGAAUUUCACGUGUACAGGCACUUACGACGCAAAGAGUAUGCACGGCAAAAGUUUAUCCAGGAAAAAGCGCAUAAGGAGCUUCUGGAUGAACAGUAUCAUCACAAGCUAGAAGAGAAUAAAAGACUGGCGGAGGAAGCAACGGCAAAAAAACGUGCCAAAAGAUUGAAGAAGAAGCAGAGGCGUAAUCAAAAGAAACGAAUGAAAAUUACCAAGGAAGAUAACGCUGCGACGAAUAAAAACUACAGCGAAAAAGACAGCUCAGACGAUCAGGACGAGGCGGCAGAGAGCAACAAAGCAAAUGAAGGAAGCGACGAAAAGAACGUUCAGGCUUCUCCUGGGAAUGCAUCUAGGAGCGAGAGUGAGAUAAAGACAGCGACGGAAAAGGAAUCGUCGCCUGGGCAAGAAAAACAAGAAGAUGCAUCAGACUUCUUCGAAGGUACACAAUGAAAGUGGCACAUGAUACUGUUGCGCGUUAGUAUGUUGGCUUGGUAAGUUUAAAAUAGAGAACGAUUGGCAAAAGUGGAAAUGUUUGAU